AUGCGGUGGCCAACACUAGUCUUUGCCCUCCUCGCAGGGGUCGUGGCUGAAGAAACCACCACUGAAAAUGAGAUUUCUCUCGGCAGCGGAACCGUGGUCACCACGCCCAAGACCGUCCCGCUCCCGUCGGGCAGCUACCAAACAGUCAGUACCACACUGAGCCUCGACGAUGGUGACUCCUCCGUCACUGUGACGACAGAAACUCCUGUUUCUGGUCACCAUUCCAACGACUCCACCACUACUUCCAGCAGUUCAGAAUCUGUAACUGUGCUUGUGGGAGGGGGAGGCUCUACGACGAUUGGGAACUCGAGCAUGGCCAAUGUCACAGCGACGCGGACGACUUCGUCGACGCCGUCUCCGAUCAACACGCAGCCAUGCAAUAAUUACCCGGAGUUUUGCACGCGCCGGUACUCCAAUAUUACCAUGGUUGCCGCCCACAACAGCCCGUUCGUGCGGAGCAGCAAUGUAGCCGCCAACCAGGCCCUGGAUGUGAUAGCACAGCUAAACGAUGGGGUCCGUAUGUUACAAUUCCAAACCCACUACGAGAAUGAUACCGUUCAGCUUUGCCAUACCAGCUGCCAGCUGCUCAACGUAGGCACGCUCGAGUCAUAUCUCACCAAAGUCGCCGAAUGGAUGCGUGAGAAUCCGUUCGAGGUGGUGACGUUGAUGAUUGGCAAUUUUGAUCUAGUGUCGGUCAGCAAAUUCAAAGAUCCAAUCGAGAAGUCGGGCCUGAAGGAUCUUGUUUACAAACCACCCAAGGCACCCAUGGGACUGCAUGAUUGGCCCACCCUGUCAGAGAUGAUCAUCUCUGGCAAGCGGGUGGUGGUGUUCAUGGACUACCAGGCCGAUCAAAAGAAGAUUCCCUGGAUCAUAGACGAGUUCUCGCAGAUGUGGGAGUCGCCCUUUUCGCCCACCAAUCCCAAUUUCCCUUGUGACGUGCAACGGCCGCCAGGGCUCUCGGACCAGGAUGCCAAGAAGCGCAUGUACCUGGUCAACCAUAACCUCAACCUCGAGCUAAACCUUGGGGCAUUGAGCCUGCUCAUCCCCAACACCGCUCAGAUCUCGCAAACCAAUGCGGUGAAUGGCACGGGUAGUCUGGGGUGGAUGGCUGGAAACUGUUCGGAAAGAUUUGACCGCCCUCCCAACUUCCUGCUGGUCGACUACUACAAUAUGGGCAGUGCCGAUGGCAAGGGCGUUUACAACGGUUCGGUCUUCGAUGUCGCCGCCAAAAUGAACAACGUCACCUACAACCGCGACUGCUGUGGAAAGGAGUCGGCAGCCUCGCACGGGGCAUCGAUGGUCAACCUGACGACGGUGCUCCUGCUGGUGAUGGGAGUACAGUGGGUGAUGUCAGUGUUUUAA